AUGUCGACACUAGCGGCGCCAGUAAACCACAAUAGCAAGAACCCCUCGAUGACCAAUCGAGGGCAAAACAGAACAAAAACCCUAGCUAGUUUUACAAUUCACGACGACAAUCCUAUCGUUGUUGUGCUCGAUCCAGAAUGCCCGAAUCGUAGACGCGCGAACACUGAAGUCUUGGACCGACGCGGUUUGGUAUGGAGUGAGGAACAGAGAAAUUGGUUGCUUCUCGCUCCACGGCCAUCAACAACCCAGCCCAUCAGGUCGACAACAAUAGACCCUUCUCGGCCAAGUCGGGAAGCGCACGGAUACGUCGUGCGACUAGAUCUAGGAGGUCAAGCCUCUAGUCAAGUUCACCAAUAUCAUGCACGCUCGGCCACAUCGAUAUCAACCACAAUACCGCCAAUACCGCAAAUACCAAGACGUGAGGAGAUAUCGCGUCUUCCAAAUUCUGGUCAGGAUGGUGGUGGUCCUACACGACCUGUGAACCAGUACACUGAGUUGACAUCUUCUCUAGCACCUGAGGAUACGAAUCUAGGAGUGGAGCUAGGCGCUGCUGCUGAUGCUGAUGCUGCUGAUGCUGCUGCCGUUCCCGAGGCCCCCAAGAAGCGAAAGCGUGAUAUCUUUAGGGAUGUCUUUCAGGGAUUUACAAGUCGCCUAAGUCGAAGAAGUAGAGAAAAUCGGGACCGGGGUAGUGGUAGGAGACGUGCAUCAACGAUGCCAUCACUUGGACGAGGAGACCAGCCAUGA